AUGGAGCAGCUCUUCUGGGGCGUCCUCCUGGCCUCCUCUGCCCGCUUCCAAGCGGUGGCUGCGGAGCCAGGUGCGGCACCCUCGUGCCCAGCCCAGUGCCACUGCGAGGAGGAUGGGGUCAUGCUCUCGGUGGAUUGCUCCGAGCUGGGGCUGCCGGAGGUGCCUGCCAGCCUCAGCCCCCUCACGGCGUACCUAGACCUGAGCAUGAACAACAUCAGCCAGCUGCAGCCCAGCACCUUCCGACACCUGCGCUUCCUGGAGGAGCUACGCCUGUCUGGAAACCAGAUCUCCAGUAUCCCAGGGGAAGCUUUCUCUGGCCUCUACAGCCUGAAGAUUCUGAUGUUGCAGAACAAUCAGCUGAGUCGCAUCCCUGCAGAGGCACUGAGAGAUCUUCCAAACCUCCAAUCUCUACGCCUGGAUGCAAACCUUAUCUCUGUGGUGCCCGAGAAGAGCUUUGAGGGGCUGCUCUCCUUGCGUCACCUGUGGCUGGACGAUAAUGCCCUGACGGAGAUCCCUGUCCGAGCUCUGAACCACCUGCCAGCACUGCAGGCCAUGACCCUGGCUCUCAACCAGAUCUGGCACAUUCCCGAUUAUGCCUUCCAGAAUCUCAGCAGCCUCGUGGUGCUGCACCUGCACAACAACCGGAUCCAACGCCUGGGAGCCAACGGCUUCGACGGGCUGCACAACUUGGAAACCCUGGAUCUAAACUACAAUGAGCUGUUGGAAUUCCCUGGGGCUAUUAGGAUGCUGGGCCGACUGCAGGAGCUUGGUUUUCAUAACAACAACAUCAAAGCUAUUCCAGAGAACGCGUUUGUUGGGAAUCCCCUCCUCCAAACAAUCCAUUUCUAUGAUAAUCCCAUCCAGUUUGUUGGACAGUCUGCUUUCCAGUACUUGCCAAAGCUACACACUCUGUCGCUCAAUGGUGCAACGGACAUCAAAGAAUUCCCAGACCUUAAAGGCACCACCAGCCUAGAAGUUUUGACCUUGACCCGCGCAGGCGUCCAUUUACUCCCCAGAGGGAUGUGCCAGCAGCUGCCCAGCCUCCGAGUCUUAGAGCUGUCACACAACAAAAUCGAAGAUCUGCCCAGUUUCCACCGGUGUCAGCGGCUGGAGGAGCUUGGCCUCCAGCACAACAGGAUCCAUGAAAUCAGAGCAGACACCUUUGUGCAGCUGAUGGCCCUGCGCUCCAUAGACCUGAGCUGGAAUUACAUCCAGUUUAUUCACCCUGAAGCCUUUGUGACGCUGCAGUCGCUCGCCAAGCUGGACUUGACUGACAACCAGCUGGUCACGCUGCCCCUGGAUGGUUUGGGUGGACUGACCCAUCUGAAGCUCCAAGGCAACCCGGCGCUCUCUGAGCCCUUCACCAAGGAGAGCUUCCCCAAAAUGAGAGUCCUCGAGGUACCUUACGCCUACCAGUGCUGUGCCUAUGGAAGUUGCAGUGGCUUCUUCAAGGUGUCCAGCCAAUGGGAGGCAGAAGACAUGAGCCCUGAGGAGGAAGAUCCCCACAAGAGGACCAUGGAAUUCUUUCCAGGUCAUGCUGAUAACCACUAUGACCUAGAUGCGGAUGACCUCCAGCUGGACCUUGAGGAGUCAAAGCUGCACCCCACUAUUCAGUGCACACCCAGCCCCGGUCCCUUCAAGCCUUGUGAUCACCUGUUCGAGAGUUGGAUCAUCCGCCUGGGAGUCUGGGUCAUCGUUCUGGUCUCGGUGCUCUGUAACGGGCUGGUCAUUCUGGCUGUCUUUGCCUCUCCCAGCUACCUCUCUCCGGUUAAGUUCGUCAUCGGCUCCAUAGCUGGAGCCAACAUGCUGACCGGCAUUUACUGCAGUAUGCUAGCCCUUGUUGACGCCCUGACCUACGGCCAGUUUGCAAAGUUCGGCGCCAGGUGGGAGACUGGCACGGGCUGCAGGGUGACAGGGUUCCUGUCGGUGUUUGCCUCCGAGGCUGCCAUCUUUCUGCUGACGCUGGCUGCGGUGCAGUGCAGCAUUUCAGUCUCCUGUGUGCGGGGCUACAGGAAGGCACCCUCCCUAGGCAAGGUCAAGGCCGCAGCCCUUUGCUGCCUGUUGCUGUCCUCUGUGGCUGCAGUUCUGCCUCUUUUCUCCAUUGGGGAAUACGGAGCAUCCCCUCUGUGCCUCCCAUAUCCCAUCCCAGAUGGGAAACCUGCCACCCUGGGCUUCACUGUGGCCUUAGUGAUGACAAACAUGCUCUGUUUCCUGACUAUUACGGGCACCUACAUCCGACUCUACUGCAACCUGUUGAAGGGGGAGUUCAGCGCUGUCUGGGACUGUGCCAUGGUCAAACAUGUGGCCUGGCUGAUCUUCACCAACUGCCUCCUUUACUGCCCAGUGGCCUUCCUCACCUUCUCUUCCACGCUCAACCUCUUCCUCAUCACCCCAGAGGUCAUCAAAUCCGUCCUCCUUGUGGUCCUGCCCCUGCCCGCCUGCCUGAACCCCUUGCUCUACCUGCUCUUCAACCCCCACUUCAGAGAUGAUCUCCGCCUGCUGAGGCAGAAGAGCCAAGAAAAGGGGAGCUACCCCCAGUCCUGCGGGGUCGACGACAUGGAGAAAAGCUCCUAUGACUCCACCCAGGCUCUGGUGAGCUUCUCUGACAUCGACCACAUAUUCGAGACACCCGAUUCCCUGGGAGUGCACCCCAUCCUCGACAGCUACGGCUUCCCCUCCAUGACGCUUGUCCCCUGCCAGCAAAGGGUGGGCACCAGGGGGAAGGAGAGGGGCUACUCUGAGCACUGCCCCUGCCUCAAUGACAGUGAGGUGCUGAUCGCUUCAGAGAGCCGAGAUCCAGCUGGCAGCAGCCUCCGGAUAGCCUUCUUCCCCUCCCCACCCACGCCACCCUACACAUCUCACUUAUAA